AUGAGGCUGAUUAUACUCUGCUGGGGUACUUUAAUUAUUCUUCUGCAGGCGACCAAGCUUUGCGCCUACGACUAUCAGGUCUCUAGUUUUACGACAAGUGUGCUUGAUAGGUUGAACAAUGCUGAAGGUGAUAAAGUAUCGAUAAAUUUUAUGGAGCUCUUGACAAUAAUAAGCAAUGAGUCUGGCGAGAAAAGACUGAUCGCUUCAAAGGUAAUUGAUACAGCAGAAGAAAUCAUCAUAUCUGGUGAUAACAAGGAAGCUUCACCAAACAAGUUACAUAGAUUCAAAAUUCUAUGCGAUGAAAUUAUGUUUCUAGAGCAAGUUUUUAGCUCUGAAUUAAAUAAUCAUAAGUGGAGUUCGCAAUUCUUUCAUAAAAAGUCGCUGACGAGAAUCAUUAAGACAUACAUUGCAUAUGAAUCAUACGUUUUGAAAAGGAUUUCGGAGCAAACCAAUGCCUCAUAUAGCAAGACGCUUCGAGACGUCACAAAACAUCUUUUAAGCUGUAAGAAUGCUUUAUUGGCAGGAGUUAGAACUUUGCAGUUGAUGCAUACUGCGAAGGGAAAUGAAAUUCACGAUUUGGUUACUGCUAAUUUUCAUAGUGGUGAUACUUCAAGUAUAAAUGGCGAAAACUUAGUUUAUGCGAUAAUGCCCCAAAAAGGAAAUCAGACUCAAGAGAUAGCAAGUGAUAUAACAUACCUCCGUCAGAAUUUUCUUGUGUUGGUGAAGUCCGGGGUUUUUAUGAUGCUGUGUGCUGCAGUAAGGGUCUACUUUUGUGCUUUCACUUUCGGUGCAAUGAUGAUGAGCAGCUCUGUUAUUUGGAUGUUAGUUUACCUGCAGCUUAUGGAUAAAGAGUUGUAG